AUGUAUUCCUGUUUAAACACUCGUUGGACAUGCUUUGCGCUGCGUGCUAUCGCUCGCACUGCUUUAAGCGGCCGUCAGCUAUCGGGAAAUACAUCGGGCGUGUCGUCUCCAUUAGCGUUCGUGUUCGAUAUUGAUGGAGUCUUAGUUCGUGGCUCUAAGGCCAUUCCACAAGCCCAUGAGGCACUUACUUUGUUAGAUCAAGCGAAGGUGCCUUUUAUUCUUCUAACCAAUGGUGGAGGAGUCAGCGAGAAGGCUCGUGUGGAAUUUCUCUCAGAAAGACUCAAUUUUAAUUUGUCUCCGCUCCAAAUCGUCCAGAGCCACACUCCAAUGAGAUAUUGGGCACAGACAGGCAAAUUUAAACGAGUGCUAGUUGUUGGAGGAAACAACGACAAUGCUCGCCAUGUGGCGCUCGACUACGGAUUUCCUGAUGUCGUGAUGCCUAUCGAUAUCGUCAGGAAUGACCAGGCAAUUUCGCCUCACAACCGAUUCACGGAGCUGGAGUUGGAGUGUUACGCACGUGAUGCCGACGUCUCCAAGCCAAUAGAUGCCAUUUUGGUGUUUAAUGAUCCCAGAGAUAUGAAUACGGACAUGCAAGUUGUGAGUGACUUGUUGAACUCCGAGGGAGGAUUGGUGGGCACCAAAAGAAAGGUUCCGGAGAAGGACUCUCACAUCCCAGCCAUUCCAAUUGCCUUCAGCAACAACGACUUUCUUUGGGCCAAUGAUUAUAACUUGCCCCGUUACGGCCAGGGAGCAUUUCGUAUGAUCACUGAAACACUUUAUCGAGAGGUCAAUGGAAAUGAAAAAGCUCUUCAGCUGACUAUUUUUGGCAAACCAUUCAAGGUGCAGCAUGACUACGCCCAUUGGGUUCUUAUUGAGUGGAACAAGAUACUACACGGGCAUAAAGCACAUGAUUUCAUGCCUAAGUUGCACGAAGAGGUGAUGGACUCGCCAUUUCAGAAGAUAUAUAUGGUAGGAGACAAUCCUGAGUCGGACAUAAGAGGCGCAAACAUGAAUGGCUGGGAAUCCUUGUUAUUGAGGACUGGAGUUUACAAGGAUUCCGACUGGGAUAAAACGGUGCACAGACCUUCAGCAGGGGUCCACGAUAAUGUGUUGGAUGCUGUCAAGUCUGUGUUAAUUAGAGCAUGA